ACACACCUUGAUUCCGGCGCUCCUGCAUUUGCCGACGGCGUCGGGCACAGCGGCGCGAGGGGGGUCGAUCAUGGACAUCAGGCCCAUAAAGCACAGGUUCUCGGUGGGGAAGUUCACCUCGUCAGUGUCAAAAGCAAAGCCAUCUGGGAACUGGUCGUCGGGCAGGUUGAAAUGACAAAAACCUGGACGGGAAAGGAAGAAUUUUAUAGUGGAAAUUUCCUCAUUUUAAUGGUGGAGGUGGAGCCCAGGGUCUCCACGGCUUCCAGGUUCUUCACCAGGCAGUUCUUCUUGGCCAUCCGCUUGGCGGUCAGGGUCAGAGGGGACGUCACAACUCACAGUGACGGUGGCCAGGAGACCCUCAGGCACGUUGGCAACAAUGAUACCAAUCAGGAAGAUGACGGCCUCCAGCCAUCC